GGACCGGAAGAGUCCUGGAACCAAAAUAGCUCGGUGGGCACUUCCGGGGCCGGAGCCCAGGGUUCCGGGAGGGUGCAAGCAGGAGAGGGAAAGGCAGCGGCGGCGGCAGCUGGAGAAUGAAGAAGGAGCAUGUGCUGCACUGCCAGUUCUCCGCGUGGUACCCGCUCUUCCGAGGCGUUACCAUCAAGAGUGUCAUUCUUCCACUUCCUCAGAAUGUGAAGGAUUAUUUACUCGAUGAUGGAACUCUGGUGGUUUCAGGAAGGGACGAUCCACCAACACAUUCUCAGCCAGACAGUGAUGAUGAAGCAGAAGAAAUACAGUGGUCUGAUGAUGAGAACACAGCCACGCUUACGGCACCAGAAUUUCCUGAGUUUGCCACUCAAGUCCAGGAAGCUAUCAAUUCCCUCGGGGGCAGUGUCUUUCCUAAGCUUAACUGGAGUGCCCCAAGGGAUGCGUAUUGGAUAGCAAUGAAUAGUUCUCUGAAAUGUAAAACCCUCAGUGAUAUCUUUCUACUUUUCAAGAGUUCUGAUUUCAUCACUCGUGACUUCACUCAGCCGUUUAUUCAUUGUACUGAUGAUUCUCCAGAUCCAUGUAUAGAAUAUGAGCUUGUUCUCCGAAAAUGGUGUGAAUUGAUUCCUGGCGCUGAGUUUCGAUGUUUUGUCAAGGAAAACAAGCUUAUUGGUAUUUCUCAAAGAGACUACACACAAUACUAUGAUCAUAUUUCUAAACAAAAGGAAGAAAUUUGCAGAUGUAUACAAGACUUUUUCAAGAAACACAUACAGUACAAAUUCUUAGAUGAAGACUUUGUGUUCGAUAUAUACAGAGACAGUAGGGUAAGUAAAAACUGUCUGAUAUGCUUUAAAAUAAGAGCUGGUUUUAUAAGCAGGCAGAGCAUGCCUUUGCUAUGUGUGUUUCUUCUUUGUACAGGAUUCCCCGCUUUCCGUUGCACCAACAGUGAAGUGACAGUCCAGCCCAGCCCCUAUUUGAGUUACCCGCCCAAGGAGCUUGUAGACCUGUCUACAGGGGAGGAUGCUCACAAGCUAAUAGACUGUCCUUAAGCUCGGUAAAGUCCUAUGUGCAUCUUAGUAUGCUGGCCGUCUUUUCAAAUAGACCUUCAAAUUGGCUUUUAUAUAAUAUUUCACUGGAAUCCUGUAGCACCUAGACUUUGAUGCUUAUGAAUGGAGCUGAGUUACUGAGUUAGGUCAUUUUCUAAUUAAAUAUAAAAUAGGAGCUGAAGGCAUAAUUUAUUGAUUAGAGUGACAGAAAAUGUUUUUAUGCUGUAUAUGCCUUUUGAACAUUUUUCAAAAUACUUGUAACUGUGAAGAAAGUGUGUAUAUUGUUAGAGGGCUGCACGGAGAGCAAGUCUCUGCUCUGGUGGUGAUUUUACUCAAGAGGGAAUGUGAAUAUUUAUACUUCUGUGUGGAUUUCUGUGUAGGAGUUUCUGUAUGUAUGGAAGAAAGAGAAGAAAAUACUCAAGUACCUGAGGAUAAUUUGCUCAGGAGUCAAAGUGAUAAACUAGUUUAAUGAAUUAAAGCAUGGUUUUCCAUGACAAUUUUUAAUCACAUCUUUGCCAAGACCUCUGGAAAAUUACACCUGCUGAGCAGAUAUCCCAAGGAGCAUGUGCUAUUUUAAUGUCCCCUUGGUUUUCUUUGGCAGAAGAGAAAUCAGCAAGAGGACGACUGAUGAGCGUGCUGGAGCUGGAGAAGAGGAGGCCCCGCCCCGCCCCGCCGCUCGGGAGCUGCUCAUCAGCCGCAGCUUCCUGCCAACCCUGAUGCGGGCGGGCCGGGCAGUGUGGACAUCAGCCGCUUUUUAUAUUCAUGUACAUCACCUGGGGAAAAAAACAGAGGGACUUUGCUACUUGUAAAAAUAACAUAAUAAAUAGAUCUUAAGCAUAGGAAAUCAUACUGUUCUGAUAAUAAAAUGCUUUCUAUGAAAUA